AUUUGGGAUGCUUGGCUUUGCUCCGGUGGUUGGCAUAUCCGUGGAGGCUGAAAGUGCAGCCCCUCGCAAGCUACCUUGCAAGGCUGUACAAAGCUCUCUGAGACUCAAUAUCUUGCUUUGAACCACGGUUAGAGCUAGUUUAUGCAGAAGUCCUUAAUUUACCCUCUCCAGGAUUCUCGAUACUAGUAGGACCUAAAGAGGCAAUCGGUGACAGCACAUCUCUAUACACCUUCGAGUCCGUCAAAUAAACAAACGACGAUGUCACAAACGCAGACCGAAGCAUCCUCCUCACAAACACCUAGCACUGCUUCUAAGUCUCCCGCAAGCACGCACACUAGCAUAGGCACGGACACGGCCUCGGCACGCGCCGCCGUACAAGCCUCUCUUGCAGCUGUUGGCAGCUCCUACGACAGCGACAUCCAGCGCCGCGUCCGAGACCUGCACGCAAAUUCCAAGGCCAUAGCGAAGCAGGAAGAAGAGCUUGUAAAAGCAACAGAGGCGCUAAACAAAGAGAGCGCAAAGUGGGCUAAGCUGGCGGACAAGACGACAAAACAGCUCAAUGAGUUCGGGGAUGUGCAGAACUGGGCGGAGGUGCUGGAGAGGGAUCUACUUGUGCUAGAAGAGACAGUCAGACUGGUGGAGGGACGGCCUGACGAAGGCAAUAUCAGUGGCGUGAAUAAAAUGCCCUGAUUCCGAUCAAAUCGGUCUACAUGUCGACCUGAGAUGUGUUUUUCAAACUUCUCUAAAUCACGAUAACCGUCUCUGCUUGUUCGGAAGAGAGGGGAGUAAUACAGCACACAUGAAAUAACUUUGGGAACCUCGAAGGAGAC